AUGGAAGGAGGAAAUCGAACAAGCAUCUCUGAGUUCAUCCUCCUGGGCCUUUCAAACCAACCUGAACAAGAGAGAUUUCUGUUUUUCCUAUUCCUGAGUAUGUAUCUGAUCAUAGUGAUAUGUAACCUGCUCAUCAUUCUAGCCAUUAGAACUGACUUUCUAAGUCAUGUCUUCUUCCUCAGCAAUUUGUCCCUCAUUGACAUCUGCUUCACCUCCAGCACUGUCCCCAAGAUGUUGGUUAACUACAUAUCUGGAAAUAAAGCAAUUUCUUAUGUUGGGUGUCUGACACAAGUGUUCUUCUUCAUCUGGUUUGGAAGAAUAGAUAGUGUCAUCCUUGCUUCCAUGGCCUAUGACCAUUAUGUGGCCAUCUGUGCCCCAUUACAUUAUACCAUGACUAUGACCCAAAAAGUCUGUACCCAUCUAGUAGCAGUAUGCUGUUUUGGGGCUUAUAUUGAUGCCCUGAGUCACACUAUUUCUGUGAUGCCACUUUCCUUCUAUGGCCAUAAUAAAAUGCCUAAUUUCUUCUGUGAUCUCAGUGUAGUCUUAAAGUUGCCCUGCUCAGAUACCUUGCUGAAUGAUCUGAUGAUCUACAUAGUAGGAGGACUGACAGCCAUUAUUCCCUUUACCAGCAUCCUCAUCUCCUACAUGUGCAUUUUCAUUGCAGUCCUGAAGAUCCCAUCAGCCCACGGGAAAAAGAAAGCUUUCAACACUUGUGGCUCCAACCUUGUGGUCUGUCUCUUCUAUGGAACAAUCAUUGGAGUGUAUUUCAACUCCACAUCCUCCCAUACAGCCCAAAAGAACACAGCAUCAGCUGUGAUGUAUACUACAGUCACCCCCAUGCUGAACCCUUUCAUCUACAGCCUAAGGACCAAUGAUAUGAAAAGAGCCUUAAGGAUGCUCUUCAGCAGAGAACUAGGUAUCUCCCUAUGA